UCUACCGUACGUGUGUGUGGCUUUUUGUGGCUGUUUUUUGUUGCUGGGCGCGGCAGCAGCAGUUCGACGUGAACUCGCGAGCGGCCAACACGUAAGCGGCGCGUUGUGCAGCUGGUUAAAAAACUCGGCAGAAAAAUACAAAAAAAAAAAAAACAAACACCAACAACAACAGCAACAGCAACCAACUCGAUAAUAGGCAGCGGCGCAACUGAAGUGUGAAUUCAUAUUGAGGUUAUGUAACGAGAUAUAGUACAAAAAAGGCGAAAACAAAACGCACUAGCUGCAUUAGUCAGGUCGCACGCUCACCUGGAAAAUUCAGAUAAUUCCCAGCACGCGCUUCGUUUCGGGCUUACUACGCAUUCGCAAUGGAGGAGGCAAAAGCUCCAGCGCAGGCGCAAAGCCAUCCUUUGGAGGAUGUGGCCCUCAAUGGGAACGCCGACGACAAGCAGACGCCCAAAAAUUGGGUUAAAUUCGACGACGAGGCGGACAGCGGUGAAAAAAACAAUAACAGUAACGACGGCGAUGCCACACAGCAGCAGCAGCAGCAACAACAAAACAAGUUAACUCUGCCGCCACCGCCGUCGGUGGUUAGUAGCAACAACAACAGGCGGGCGCGCUCGCGCAGUCCGUCCGCUGCGGCAGCAACAACAACAACCACACCUGUCCAGCGCACGGCAGUUUCCUCGACCACAGCUGCGACACCGGGCGAAGUGCAGGCCCAGUCAUCUCCGCCGGAUGUGGCGCCCGCUGUUUUGACAACCGAGAGCACGCACGUUAAUCUGAGUGCAUCCGGCAGUGGCAUCGUCAGCGGAGCAAGUGCGAGUGCAAGUGCCAGUGGAUACGCAGCUGGCCCAGUGCGCCAUACUCCGCAGCUAAUAAACCAAAAAGCCGCCGCUGCGCCCUCUCCCUCGUCCGCUGGGGCGGCGUCCUCCAGCCACCAGCACAAUGGAGGUGGCGCCAACGGAACUGGUAUUAGCCAGCCGGCGGACCAGGGAUCCGGGAUGCGCACAAUCGAGUUGUCAACGGGUCGCAUACGCGAGGGAUUCGCAAAUGGCGAUGUCAUCGUCACACUUCUGCCGGCCAACACGAAGUGGCCCUGGAUAACCCCUGCCAUAUUCCGUCCGGAGCUGGUGCCCGAGGAGCUGAUGGCUCAAGGCCUGACGCUCACGGUGGAGGACUAUGUGAACGCGAUGGAGACUCUGGUGAACGACUACCGCUUUACCGUGUACAACAUCUGCUACAAGCGCAUCCUGGUCUGCUGGAUCCUGUUCGCCUUUACGGUGCUGCUGGCCCUGCUCUUCUCCGGACUGCAGGGCGUGGCCCUGUUCGCCCUGGGCGUGGGUUGGCUCUUCCUGAACGCGGCGGCCAUCUUCCUGUGCAUGUGGGUGAAGCUGCGCCUGUCGCGUGGCCUGGAAAAGUGCCUGGCCCGCGUGAACCGGCAGCUGAUGCGCCACAAGAUCCUGCUGGUGCUGGACGACCGGGGUCGCAUCUCGUGCCACAAGGUCAACCUGUGCUUCAUGUACUUUGAUGCGACGCAGUGCGUAAAUUUCCUGAACGAGUUCCUGGAGCACACGGAGCAAACUGGAGGCGAUGCCAUCAAGGCGGGCUGGGAGGCGAAGCUGGACAUUGACCUCGAGGACAUCGUUAUCCAGGGCAGUCAACCGGUGCGAGUGCCCCGCAAGCAGGAGCGCGGCAUGCAGCUGUUCCUGCGCUACGGAUCCCGAUGGGGCAUGGAGGCCCUGAGGGGCCUGGUGGACGUGACCCCCUUGGAGCCGGGACGCCACUGCGGACAGUUCCAGUGCCCCUGCCAGUACAUCAAAGAGCACCUGCAGUGCAAACCGCGAGGCAAGUUCAAGUGUUGCAAUUUAGUGCAUUGGGUGAUGGCAUCUGAACGCUACGAUAUCGAUAAUUGAAACUUGUUGUUCUUGUGAAUGUCUGUGUCCUGUAACUAAAAGAAUUUACUGAGAGGCUUUAUUUGGAACCCAUGAAUUUAUAUAAUCUGCUAUAAUCGCGGCGGAAGAAUAAUAACAAUAUGCUACCUGGAAAAACGUCCUACUUUUCCGCCUCUUAUGCCAAUGAUCGACUCUCUUUCGUUUCAGAUGUUAGUCCCUAGGGCUGAGACAAAAUUUUGGGGGUCCUUGGCAGCUCUCCCUUUAUUUCCUUCUAUAAUCUAUAUUCUUCCUUCUAUGCCUAAUUAUAUGUGUGCUACAUUAACCCUGCAGAUAUUUCUAAAUUUUUGAUCAACCAUGUUCUUUUCAUGCUUCCAAAAUUGUACACAAAACAGUUGCAAUAAACAGCAUUGGCCAAGUAGUUUGGACCCGAUUCCCCUUGUUUGGUGGCUAGAGAGUUAGCUGUUUGUUGGCCACAAUAAUACACAAGCACCCCACGAUUUCACACAGAAAUACUAAGCCGUUUCGAUAAUAAUAUUUCAAAAAGAUUGCGCUGCAUAUUAUAUAUUAUAUAUAUUAAUCAAGCGAAUGAAUUUCUAACAUAAGCCCUGUAUAAAUUGCCUUUAUGAAGUACUUUUAACUUGUUGGUGUCACAAAUAAAUGUCAAAUAUACAUGUACAGAUAUAUAUGCAUAA